UUUCAUGAAUUAUUCUUACAUUGACACAAGUCGAGAAAAGUUCCUUAUAUACCGCACUGUUGUUUGGAAAUUCCAUCAAAACGCGUUUCCUUAGGCAAAUAGUCGGUGAUAUUUAUAAAAUAUCACAACGUCAGUUGUAUACGACAACAACAAAACGUACUUAUAACUUGCAAAAUCAAGUUCAGACAAAUAAAAACAACAUUAUGGUUGUUCAACACAACGUAAAAGGUUAUGAAGAUUUCAUUAAAUUGGUGGGCGAACUAGAAGGUUCGGGCCAACCCAUUCAUGUUUUGUUUUCCGGCGGCAAGGAUGAGUCAGGCAACAGUUGGUGUCCCUAUUGUGUAAAAGCUGAACCGGUGAUUCAUGAUGCAUUGGCAAAAGCUACUGAGAAAUCACAUUUUGUACACGUCGAUGUGGGCGAGCGUAGCUACUGGAAAGAUUUAAAUUGUCCAUUCCGUAAGGAUCCCAACACACAUUUGGUAUUUUUGCCCACUCUAUUGCGUUGGAAGUCCCCGCAACGUUUGGACGGUGAACGUUGUUCCAAUAAGGACUUGGUGGAAAUGAUGUUUGAAGAUGAGGACUAAGCCAUAAAAAGAAAAAAGAA